UGAGUUACUUAAGGUUGAUAUUGAUAGUAGAGAUAAUUGUUUCAUGUGAAGCCAAGAAAAGCCCACGCCCCUCACUUUUGAAGUCCAACCCCGCGGUCGGUCGGUCGGUCUGGCGACUCUGACCUCGUUUGUUGUAUCAACGUGAAUCCAUGAUCCAAGUCACCCAACCCCAUAAGAUGAAAGAAGGUGGAAAAUCACAAUGGAAUUUCAAUUCGUGAGACCUGGCUCUGGUGCAGAACCGUUACCUCCCCAGUUCUCUCUUCCUGAGAUAAAUCUCUUCCACGACUCGUCUGUCUCUCCCUCGUUGUUGACUCAAUUUCUUUCUCUGCCAGUUAUGGAAGGGGUCCAGGAUGAUCGUAUCAAGCUUAACGUCGGUGGCAAACUCUUCGAGACAACCCUCUCGACGAUCCGAGCUGGCGGCCCUGACUCACUCCUCUCAGCCCUUUCGGCCCGGGACAACGAUGGCGGCGACGAAGAUCCGAUCUUCAUAGAUCGAGAUCCCGAGAUCUUCUCCGUCCUCCUAUCCCUUCUCCGGUCCAGCCGUCUUCCUGCCUCCGCCGCCCGUUCCUUCUCCAAGCAAGAGCUCGUCGAUGAAGCCCUCUAUUACGGCAUCGAAUCCCACCUCAGGUACGCCAUGAAUCCCCCUCCCUUCCUCGGCAUCGACGCCACCCUCGUCUCCACCAUCCGCCCAGCCGCCGAUGGCAUCCCUUCCUCCUUCACCGCCUCCGCCGGCGAUGGCUCCGUCUGGAUUGCCCACGGAGGCCAGAUCUCCGCCUACGACUGGAACCUUUUACACUCGGGGACCCUACGGACCCACCUCGAAGACAUCAACGCGGUCCGCCGCGUCUGGUCGGAAGUUGCCGCCGUCGGCUCCAAAACUGCCGCUGGCCUCCACUUCUACGACUUCUCCCGAUCCUGCCGAGUCGGAUCGGUCCAGUGGACGGACUCGUCCGAUCCCCGGAUUUAUAAGGCCAGAGUAAGCGCCAUCGCCGAUUCGCGCACUUCCGUCUUCGCAUCCUUCGAGUGCCAACACAAGGAGAACUGUGUUCUCUCUGUUGACAAGUCAACGCUCCAGGUGGCCUUAGAGAUUGGCCGUCAGACCGGGAGCUCCGCUAAGGCGAUGGUUCCCGGUAAGCUGACGUGGCUAAGGGAUCCUGGUCUCCUGGUCGGGAGCGCGGUGAGCGCGGGCGCUUUUGGGUUCGCAGGUUACAUUAGGCUUUGGGACCCGACGUCCGGUAAGGUGAUCUGGGAGACGAGCGAACCGGGCUCGGGCAGGAAAAGCAGGUUCGGUGACGCGUUGGCUGACGUGGACGUCGACGAGUCGGCCCUGUUCAAGGUGUGUUCGAAAUCGGGGGACGUUGGGGUCGCGGAUCUACGGAAACUCGGGGACGAUCCCUGGGUCUACUUGGAGGACCAGAAUCCUAGUUGGAUGAAAUCUGGAGCGGGAGCGGCAACGGGGGGUGGGUGUAGCGUGAUCCAUUGCUAUAGGAAGCAAGUGUUCGUGGGGAGGGAAGCAGGGUUAGAGGUGUGGUCGCCUGUGGAGGAAAAAGAAGAACGAGAAGAAGGAGAAGGAGAAGGAGAAGGAGGAGAAGGAGAAGGAGAAGGAGAAGAAGAAGAAGAGAGAAAGAGGAAUUGGGUGAGGGAAGGAGGGAUGUAUAGGAGGAAUUAUGUGGAUAAGGCUGAGGAUGCAGAGAGAGGGGUUAUCAAAAGGAUGGAAGGUGGUGGGGAGAGGCUAUUUGUUAGCAGAGAAGGUGUUGAGGGAAUUGAAGUAUGGGAAACUUCUCAUUCCUCUGGUGCCAUCCCAGUCUUGGUUUUGUGAAUUGUUUGUGAUGUAUUGAACUACAAAUCAUUUCCACCAACACUAAAAUAACAACAUCUUAUGUAUAGAUUUUUUUGUAACAUAUAUACAUUCAGUCUAGCCAUUUUUAGC